AAUUAUUGCAAACAAAGAAGACAUAUUCUUCCAACAAUUCCAAGCUAUAUUACAAGCAGAGAUGUUACAGCCUUUUUAUCAACCCAAAAAAACAUUACAAAAAGUAAUUAAACAUCAUAAAGACAAACAAACACUACUACCAAUUGCAUCCAACAAACGUAGUAACAAGGAGCAAAAGCCACUCCAAGAAAUAACAAAUAACAUUAUAAUUCAAAUUCCUGCUACUGAAAAGCCGCUAGAUAUUAAAUUGAAGAUUUCUUUUAAUAAAUAA